AGCUGAUAUUUACAUAUAUCUACUCUAUAAAAAUAAGUAGUUUUUUGGAGAAAAGAACUAAUUUUACUCAAGAUUAUAAUUUAAAAUGGAAAACUCAGUUGGUUCAACUAUUGAAAAAAUAAAACUGCAAGAAAUAGAGAAAGAAGCCAAACUGAAAGAAAAACGUGAAUUCGAAACCACUGUGGCUUCAUUGAAUCGUGCAAUACGCGAUGCUGAUUUGCAAUAUGAAAAAUAUGUAGAAGAAGAGAAAGAACUGAUCAAAAGAACGGAUUCUCUCCGAAGUCAGUUAGAGAUAGAAAAAACUCGUAGAGACGCUUAUUCAAUGCAGGUGGAAGCAUGCUAUAAAGAAUAUGAAGAACUAAGGACGAAGGAUCAGGGUAUAUCCAAAGUUUGGAGUCAUAGAUCAUCGUUAUGUGAUGCAGUUCAAAAUGCUUCGGAUAAAUGCGAUAUUUGGACAUUGCUCAUAAGACCUACAUGGACAGAUGUAACACCGAGACCCACAAAAAAGUCCGAUAAUUUAGUUCAGGACUUGACUACUGAAGAGAAAUUGAAAAAGGCAAUUGAAAGGCGAGAAAAGGCCUUGGCGGAACGUAACAGUUUAAUGACUGAACCAGAUACAGGAGAAGAGUUUGUUAGAAUUAAAAAUGCACUUCAAUAUUCUUCAGAAAUGGUGGAUAAUCUACAGAAAUAA